CAAACGUCAGGGGGCAGUAAAGAAAGUAAAACCGGUUAUACGUUCUUAUUCACUUCCUGUUCGAAGGUUAAAACGUGAAGCAUCUUGAAAAGAAAAAUGGCCGAGGGAGCAGCAACCGAGGACUACCCGCAGGAGAUAGACGAACAGCUGACCACGUUCGAUUCCUCGGUGAAUGCGGUGAAAACCAUGCUGGAGAAGCUGAUGUCCAUGUCCAGAAACGACCUGAUGCAGAAGCUGGAUCCUUUGGAGCAAGCCAAGCUGGACCUGAUGUCUGUCUAUACUCUUAAUUCAUUGUUCUGGAUGUAUCUGGUGACAAAGGGAAUAAACCCAAGAGAACAUGGAAUCAAGCAGGAGCUGGAGCGCAUAAGGACUUACAUGAACAGAGUCAAAGAGAUCACCGACAAGAAGAAAGCUGCGCGGCUAGACAAGGGAGCCGCUUCGCGUUUCUUGAGGAACGCCCUUUUUGAUCCCGACGACAAAGAGUUAAAAAAAGCUGCACCCAAGAAGCCAGCGGAUGCGCCCUCUGAAGCUCCUCAGAGAAAACGCCCCAAACAGAGCUGAGCCUGAGGAAGAGCCGCUUAGUCUGCUCUCAUCGUGUGAUUUUCCUGAAGGAUACAGAAGCAAAUGAUCAAACUGCUAAGAUGAAGUCGAGAGAUGGCAAAUAUUUGUCUCACUUUAGUGGAGUUCGUUUGGAAUUCAUCUCUUGGAUGUCAAUCGUCUAAUCUUUACCAGCUGUUUUAGAGAUAAACAAAAUGCUAAUUCAUCUGCUCGGCUUGUCGAGUUGUGCUGCUGUUGAGAUGUUACUUUAGAUCUCUUUGGUUACUAUGGACAGCUUCUCUUUAGUUUGAAGUGAAUUCUAUGAACACACUUCAAAUAUAUGUAUAUUUUUUUAAUUCUUCUGUUCAUUGUUGGUUGUUUUUUAUUCAUUAAUUAUUUUUCCUGUAUUGGUUAAAAUAAUUUUUCUUUUCCUUCAUGUGAUCUGAAGAGACGAACUCUUUUAAAAAAGAUUUGUCAUUGUGUUUCGGGUGCUUGUGUUGUGCUUUUUGCCCCACAUGUUUAUUCAUUUCUGAAAUCUCCAAAUAAUACAAGAAAAUAAUGUAAUUCAAUC